GUCUCGGAGCUCCUCUCAUCGCUACCCCGUAGACAGGGCAAAGAUGCGGGCUUUCGUCCACGGGAGAGAGACGGCAGACCGCCGGAGACCCUUCGAGCCGUGGAGAAGAGAGCCCCAAAGGCUCGGCACCUGAGGUAACUGUAGUUUCUCAUAGAUUUCACCACUUGGAACUCGAUUUGGAUCGCUUUUCCCCAUUUUUUUUGGGAUAUAGACAUGGCCCAUUUGUGGAAGCUCCAGAAACCAUCGCCUCUCCAAUGGAUUUCUCGUGUUGGUCAGGAGGAAGUCGUGCGAUUAAUCAACAACCCAACUUUUAACGGUAGGAAUGCUCUUUGCUGUGCUAAAAUUCCAAAUCUUCCCCCAAGAAGAGGAUUUUGUUCUAAAGAAUCCCACAUUACCAAGUCGGCAUCUGUGGGAAGUCAGCUUGGAUCACUGAAAAGUUCGUGUUUUCAUCAUCGGAUGACUCUUUGCUGGGUAAAAACAUCAUCUUUGGUCCAUAUUAGAGGCUUUUGUACUGAUAAAACUCCAAAAGACUUGCAAGCUAUUUCUCGAAGCCCUCGUGUGGUUGCGGAAGCUCAGGCAGCUCUCGUGGACUACCUUCACUCCACAAGAGGCUUGCAGUUCCCCGAUGCAGAGCAGAUGAGCAAGCACUCCCCCAACUUUCUUGCAAAGCUUCUGAAAAAGGUAGAGAAUGAGGAAGACACAGCAAGGGCAUUAACCCGGUUCUUUCGCUACCACCCCAUCAAUGAAUUCGAGCCAUUCUUCGAGGGCAUGGGCCUGAAGCCUAGCGAGUUCAAUUCGUUUUUACCCCGGGAUUUAAUGUUUCUUUCUGAUAAUGAAAAAAUGCUUGAGAAUUAUCAUGUUUUGUGUAAUUAUGGCAUUGCUCGUGGCAAGAUUGGAAAGAUAUACAAGGAGGCUACUGAAAUUUUCAGCUACGAACCUGGCAUUUUGGGUUCAAAGCUUCAGGCUUAUGAGGGACUGGGUCUGAGUAAGACUAGCAUUAUUAAGAUUGUUGCUUCAAGCCCAAUACUUUUGGUUGGGGAUGUUAACAGGAAGUUUGUUAAGGUGCUAGAAUGGUUGGAGGACAUCGGGAUACAGCUUGACUGGAUUUGGGGGAUUUUGUCAGAAAAGAAUUCAUAUGACUGGAGCAGAAUGCUUGUAAUUUUGCAGUAUUUCACUGAACUGGGAUUUACUAAUCAAGAAUUUGGGGCUUUGAUCAGAAAACAUCCAGAUUUUUUGCUGGAUGGUUCAGGAAAGAUGGUGUUAUUGGUCUCUGGCUUGCUGUUGAAAUUGGGAGGGACAAAAAAAGAAUUAUUUGGCCUGUUCUCUCAGUUCCCAGACGUUCAAAUUGGGAGUUUCAUGAAAAACAUGCGGCGGGGUCUGAUAUUUCUAAUUGAGAUUGAAAUGGACCCUGGGGAUAUUCAAAGGCUUUUGCUUACUCAUACAGAAGUGUUUGGUUCGUAUUCUUUGAAGAAAGCCAACAGCAUUCUUACCUAUCUGAAUGUCGGGAGGAAGCGCUUGUGUAGAAUUAUAAAGGAUGACCCACAUCAAUUGAAGAAAUAUGUAUUAGGGUUGAAGCUCAAUCGUCUACCAAACUCUGGCGAGAGUGAAAAAUCGCUUGGGGAGAAGAAAAAGUUUUUAUUGCGUCUGGGGUUUGUUGAGAAGUCAAAAGAGAUGGAGAAGGCACUAAAGGUGUUCCGUGGCAAAGGUUCUGAACUUCAAGAUCGCUAUGAUUUUUUGGUGAAAACUGGACUGGACCCGAAUGAUGUGUCGAAUAUGAUUAAACUGGCUCCACAAAUCCUCAACCAGAAAAUAGAUGUUCUCCAGAGCAAGAUUGACUUUCUAGUGAAUAAUUUGGGUUAUCCAUUAAGUUCACUAAUAGCAUUCCCUGCAUAUAUGUCAUACACUGUUGAAAGGGUCAAAUUGAGGUUCUUGAUGUACACUUGGCUCAGGGAUAGAGGAAAAGCCAGGCCAUCAUUAGCACUAAGCAGUUUCCUUGCAUGUUCUGAUAAAAUAUUUGCAAAAAGGUGGAUGACAGGCAGAGUUCAAAGUUCUUAGAGAUUUGUGCAGUGGGUGAUCCAAUGGUGGAUUCGCACGAAGGAAGGUGAAUCCUUCUCUCACAUGAAAGAUACAACUUCUAUCCUCUAUGCUAUGUACUCUCGUUUAUACAUAGCUCAGAAUUAUUUUUAUUGAAGAUUACAUUGUAAUUGUCCAUUGGAGCAUAUGGCAAUAAUGGAGCUUAAAGUGCAUUAUCUACAUUUUGCUUGAAAGAGAUGCAUUAUUUGCAUAUAGUUUAAUUCUUCAUUGUGAGAAAGUUUGAACCAACAUGUCUUGUAUCAUAUUUUCUGACAAUGUGAUAUCAUAUAUGAUGACUGAAGUGUUUUGAGGCUGAUAAGCUUCAAGCUACAUUUUAGAAGUAACAGUCGUGGUUACAUCAACAAUGUGAUAUAUUUCCAGGACUUCUGCUUAUUUCCAGGAAAUACCUCUUAAAUUUUAACAAAUUGUAUGAUCGGGCGGCUUGUGACUGCCUCAUAUGCCAAACAUACAGCAAACUUAUGGAUGUUUCAGAGUUUGGUAAUGAUUCCAUGAUUUCAUAAUGAGGCAGAACCAGAAAAUAAAAUUCAGAAUCUUUGCCAACUUCUUCUUUGAGAACACAGUUGAUGCAACUCCCAGUUGGUGGUUUCUCAUUGUCUCCCUUGCUGCUCCCUCAUCCACUGUGACUGCAUGGCCAGUCC